UUUGUUGUUGCUGCAAAGCGGAAGAGGCGCGACGGUGAGGAACCGCUACCAGUUGUAACGAGUCUGUGUUGCUUCUUUCAUGUUUACAAUAAAACAACGCCCUGCGAAGCUGUAAAUCUUUUUGCGUAGACAGACACGGAGACUGUUGAGAAAAUACGAGCCUUUUGUCUGUUAGUUUGUUUGCUGGUGUGGUCACUGAGGAGUUUGAAGAUGUGCACACAGACGAAGGCUGCAGCUCUGAUGGCCAACAUACCACGAGCAGACAUCGACCCGUCCGGCGUGUUUAAGUAUGUCCUGAUUAGAGUUCACAGCAGAGAGGAGGGAGACGACUCAGAGGUAGAUAUAGUCCGAGGAUACGGCUGGGCUGAGUACCAUGCCGAUAUUUACGAGAAGGUCUCUGAGGAGCUGGAAAAGGAUGGCUACCUGGACUGUGAGUGUAUCGGAGGAGGGAGGAUCAAACAUGAUUCCCAGGCCAAGAAGAUCCACGUGUAUGGAUACUCCAUGGGAUUUGGAAGAGCAAACCAUGCAGUAACUACUGAGAAACUGAAGACUCACUAUCCAGACUAUGAGGUGACCUGGGACAAUGAAGGAUACUGAACUGAACUAAGCCCAGCAUUUGUUGGACUAUUUUUCCUCUGGACGAAAAUCGCACUUAUCUGUUAGUUGCCAUGAGAGGCAGAGCAGGUUUUUAAAGAUUAAGACUGACAUACAGCCACAGGUCUGAUUAGAAAAUAAGCCUUUUUUGGGUUUAUUUUUAUGUUACAGUUUCAUUAAAGAACUAGAAAGUCCUUUUCACAUUUGUACUCUGUUUGGAUUUGAAACAAAUUCGUGAUCAUCUUAGUGAAAUUUCUGAAGUGUGAAGUCUCAUCAGAAAUUCUAACUAAAUAGCUGGCAGAGUGACACACAGCCACUCACUGACUUGUUUUAGAGUCACGCAGCCUCAUAAAUUUAACCCAAUAAAGAUAUACUGGAAAGUGAA